GAAACGGUUCGAAAUCAGCAGCGCGAAAACAGGUCGGUUUUCUGAAAGUAAAAACACGUUUAGUUUUCGAUUUUAGACACUUAAAUGUGAACCAUACCGUCGUGUCAACUUUAAAUAAUUAGUUUAUGUCUGGACUUUAAUUACUUGAAAAGCUUUCGUUCGUUGUUACUCGCGUCUUAUUCGUUCAUUGUUGCUAGCUAGCAAAAAUGAAACCUGUGCGAGGUUCUGACCGGGCACCAUCAAAAGCACCCAAAUCAAAACACAAGAAGAAGACAGAGGAGAAACCUGGGGCAACAACUACACAGGACCAGGAGUCCAAUGGCAAGAAGAUCAUGCAACGUAAAUCAGCACAGAAGAGGAAAGCUGAGGGAGAUUCGUCUUCACUCCUCAACAAAGUCAAAGUUCAGGACAACUGGAAGCCGAUGUCAAGGUCCUCCAUCAUUGCUCUGGAGAACAUAUUGGACUUAUCAAUACUCGCAACUCUUCCUUUGAGGCAAACGAAUAAGAAAGAGAGCCAGGAACACCUGAACAUAAUGAAGAAAAGCUUCCUUGCUCAAUGCGAACAGCUCAGAGUCCCAGUGCAGAAACUCAAAGAUUUAGAGCAUUCAUCUCGCCGACACCAGGAAGAGACCAAGAAGUCAGUGCUUGCAAAGAAGACUCUCACUAAAUUGGAGGAAGGUUUGAAGACUGUGGGCCGUGAUCUGGAGAGGACAGAGGAGCAGAAUGUGUCCUUACAGCAUUCAUGCAGUAUCCUGAGAGACCAGGUAGAGGAGGAGGUGGACCGAGCUGAAAAGAUGUUACUAACAACAGAACAAGCAGUUCUCAGCCUUCCACCUCUCCCAGCACGAGAAGAUGAAACAACAUUAGAGGCCCGGUUGAGUGAGAUGAUACCAGAUGGUGUCGCUGAGGCCACUGCCCGGAAACUGGGAAAAAUCCUGCAGCAACCAGAGGCCGACCGGGAUGACCAGGUGCUGCUUCUCCAGGCACAAAAACACGCUGCUCGGCUCUUCAGCCCUGGCUCCAUAUACAACCGUGGUGCACUUAGUUCAGCGGGAACGUAGACAAAUCUCUCAAAGUAACCAAAUGUCAAAAAAUUUGCACGUUAUCCACGUGUUAUCUUGUAUCAUCUACUAUUGUGCAGAUAGCAUUCAUUUGCAAAAUUAGUUGCUCCCCCAUCUGUGGUUGCUUUUGCGGUUUCUUAUAAAUCUAUGCAGAUUGUGCACCUGGCAGUUGUUAUGUGCAACUUUAUUUAUGAGUGAAUCCUUUGAUAGAAGGAAAAUUUAGAUGCCAGGAUAAUAAAAUCUGUUGAUAUUGCAUAUAAACAACUUUAUUUUGCUUGCUUUACACAAGUAUAAGCUGAAGGCAAAUAUAUGUCUUGAACACGUCCAAUCAGGCACUAUAAUCCAAUGUGUUAGAUGAUGUGUGAUACAGGAUACUUUUAUGAAAGACAGGUCACGCUUUGGAAAAGAAUAGAGAAGCUGCGUGUGUAUAAAGUCAAGUCCAGUCCUGAGAUUCACAAUGAGAUAAGAGUUCUACAACAUAUUUACUACUACUUAGGUGCGAUAUUGUGUAUGUUUAUCUUUGCAUAAAUUCAGAAGUUUGGACUGCCGCCUAGUUAGUUGGAACAGGGCCACGAAGUGCACCAUCCUGAAUGAAUCCAUGCAACAGAGGUUGAUAUGAAGCCAGGAAACUGACAAUAAAAUGACGCCUUGUCAUGUUUGGUUUAUGAUUUACCAUG